AUGUCCAGCCAAGACACCACCAAUCAUAUUCCAGAUGAAUUGGCCAGUGAGAAGUUUGAGGAAAGCGAUAGUUGCUUCUCAGGUGGCCUAGCGCUAUUCCUCCUACUUGUGGUUGCCGUGUACGUCACAGAAUGCUCGAAAUCGUCCAAAUCAGCUGUACAGAGAUGUUACACAUGCUCAUAUGGAAAGAAAAAUAGUGACUGUACAAAGAUAGAAACUUGCAAGAAGGAUGAAGAGUCCUGUGAAACAAAAAUACGCAGAGAUAAAGAUGAAAUUAAGAUGAAAUGCAGAAAGACCAAGGAUUGCAAGACUAAGUGUCUCCCUAAUGACAAAGAAUGCACCAGGUGUUGCACGGGGGAUCUGUGUAACAAAGACCAAGGUUAUGCUUCGUUCAAGGCUUGGGGGCAAUGGUCAUCUUGUAGCGAACCAUGUGGAGGGGGCAAGCGCAGCAGAAGCAGGCAAUGUUCGUCGACAAACAGUAUUCCAUGUUCCGGAGCUACCAAAGAAGACGAAGAUUGCAACAAACAAGCCUGUACCUCUACAACAGUUUGUGUUAAGGAUUGUAAAGGUAGAAAGAAUGGAGAUUACCAAUCCUGUAGCACAUGUAAUGGUUUCAUCAAAUGCUCCAACUCCAAAUUGCAUAAUUUCAAAUGUCCAGGAUCAACUGUCUGGGAUGACAAAUCUAAAAGAUGUGAAUGGACAUCAACUACCUGUAAUUCUAAACCAGCUUUACAGAGAUGCUACACAUGUUCACAUGGAAAGAAAAAUAGUGACUGUACAAAAAUAGAAACUUGCAAGAACGAUGAGGAGAGUUGUGAAACAAAAAUACGUCGAGAUAAAGGUGAAAUUCGCAAGAAAUGCGAAAAGACCAAGUAUUGCAAGCCCAAGUGUGAUGCCAAAGAUAAGGAAUGCACAAUGUGUUGCACCGGGGAUCUGUGUAACAAAGAUCAUGGAUAUGCUGAGUUCAAGGCUUGGGGUCAGUGGUCAUCAUGUAGCAAACAAUGUGGAGGAGGCAAGCGCAGCAGAAGUAGACAAUGUUCCUCUACAGGCAAUCUUCCUUGUUCUGGUGAUACCAAAGAGGAGCAAGAUUGCAACAAGCACACCUGUCCACCGAAAGCUUUACAGAGAUGUUAUACAUGCUCACACGGAAAGAAAAAUAGUGACUGUACAAAGAUAGAAACUUGCAAGAAGGAUGAAGAGAGUUGUGAAACGAAAAUACGCAGGGAUAAAGGUGAAAUUCGCAAGAAAUGCGAAAAGACCAAGGAUUGCAAGCCCAAGUGUGAUGCAAAAGACAAGGAGUGUACUAUGUGUUGCACCGGGGAUCUAUGUAACAAAGAUCAUGGAUAUGCUGAGUUCAAGGCUUGGGGACAAUGGUCGUCAUGUAGCAAACAAUGUGGAGGAGGCAAGCGCAGCAGAAGCAGACAAUGUUCUUCUACAGGCAAUCUUCCAUGUUCUGGUGAUACCAAAGAGGAGCAAGAUUGCAACAAGCACACAUGUCCACCAAAAGCCUUACAAAGAUGUUACACGUGCUCACAUGGAAAGAAAAAUAGUGACUGUACAAAGAUAGAAACUUGCAAGAAGGAUGAGGAGGUAAAACUAGCAAAUACUUUGAAAGUGGAGAGAUGUCCAUAG